ACAAUGGCCUUCAGACACAAAAACACAAGACGAAUUGAAGGCCUGGAUAGCAAUGUUUGGGUUGAAUUUACAAAGGUAGCAGCAGAUCCCUCAAUUGUUAAUCUUGGUCAAGGCCUCCCUGAUAUAUCCCCUCCCAGCUACGUUAAAGAAGAGCUGGCAAAGGCAGCAGCAGUUGACAGACUGAAUCAGUACACACGAGGAUUUGGUCAUCCAUUGCUGGUGAAAGCCUUGUCUCAAGUCUAUGGGAGAGUUUGUGGAAGGGAGAUUGAUCCUCUAACAGACAUCCUGGUGACCGUGGGAGCUUAUGGAUCUCUCUUUAGUACAAUACAGGCAUUAAUUGAAGAGGGAGAUGAAGUAAUAAUAAUAGAGCCAUUUUAUGACUGUUACGAACCAAUGGUGAAGAUGGCAGGUGCAAAGCCUGUUUUUAUCCCACUGAGAUAUAAAAAUGAUGGAAACUCUGCGUCUAGUGCUGACUGGGUGUUAGAUCCUGCUGAACUUGCAAAUAAAUUUAAUUCCAAAACCAAAGCAAUAAUUCUGAAUACCCCACACAACCCUAUAGGCAAGGUGUUUAGCAGAGAAGAGCUUCAACUAAUAGCUGAUCUCUGUAUUAAACACGAUACCCUGUGCAUCAGCGAUGAGGUGUAUGAAUGGAUGGUGUAUAAAGGAAAUAAACACAUUAAAAUAGCUAUGUUGCCAGGUAUGUGGGAAAGAACAAUAACUAUAGGAAGUGCUGGAAAAACAUACAGUGUAACUGGCUGGAAGCUUGGUUGGUCUAUUGGCCCUCCGAACCUGAUUAAGCACUUGCAAGUUGUUCAUCAAAAUAUGCUGUAUACUUGCCCAACUCCAAUACAGGAGGCUUUGGCACAAGCGCUUUGGGUAGACUAUAAACGCAUGGAUGACCCAGACUGCUAUUUUUACUCACUGUCUCGAGAGCUGGAAAACAAGCGUGAUCGGAUGGCUCAGCUGCUUCAAGAAGCUGGACUAAAGCCUGUCAUUCCAGAUGGAGGAUACUUUAUUAUUGUUGACGUUUCUGCACUAAAUGUGGAUCUCUCUGACAUAGAUGAGAAACAACCUUAUGACUAUAAAUUUGUCAAAUGGAUGAUAACAUCUAAGAAGCUGUCAGCAAUUCCUCUUUCAGCAUUCUGUGGUCCUGAGACAAAAAGGCAAUUUGAAAAAUAUAUACGCUUCUGCUUCAUUAAGAAAGACAGCACACUAGACGCAGCUGAAGUGAUCCUGAAGAACUGGAAUAAGCAGACAGCCUGAUUUUUCUUAUUAACUCUUCCAUCUGGUAUAAUUAAUUUGUAGCACUGUGUAUAAAAUAAAUAGGUGGUACAGGUAUUUUAAAAUAAGAAAAAAGUGGGAGGUGAUUUUGGUAUGAGUAUAGCAACUAGGGGUGAGACUUAAAUAUCUUGCAAUGGACAAAAAUUAAGAUAUACCUAAUAUUUGAUAACUGCAGUGACUUUCUGCAUACCUACCUACCCUGUCCAUGCACAAAUUGCAUAGCCUUAAAUAAACCAAUUUAAUUAAAUCAUCACAGAAUUUAUACCAUAGACAAGACUGAAAAGUGCUAAAUUGCUAUUUUUCCACAACUGUCGUGUGCUUUUCUGGAGGUAUUCAGUUCUCAAUAAAACCACAAAAGCAGCACCUAGAUUUACUCAUGUCUGCCUAGUUAGUUAUUAUGUGGAUGGAUGUACAAGGCAGAACAGAAGACACUGUUUUAGAGGCUCCUUCACAGUCAGAGGUACAGUGAUGUAAUUAAUCCUAUCAUCCUUUUUCUUAUCGUGUUCACAAUAUUGGUAACUUCACAACACACUUAUUUUAAACACUUAUGUUUCCGUUGUUACAUAUGAAAUAUCUCACUACUAUACUAAUGAUUUACCAGCUGAAGCACCAGAUUUGAGUUGGGAACAAAGAGGUGACUAAUGUUUAAACGUAGUUCAGCAUUGUGUAUAGGUGCAAAGCUUUAUUCCCUCUGCAGUGCUUUGGCUGGAGUAAGAGUUAAUUUUUUUCAUAGUGGCUGGUAUGGGGCUGUGAUUUGGAUUUGUGCUGAAAAUAGUGUUGAUAACACACAUUUUAGUAACUGCUGAGUAGUGGUUACACAGUGUCAAGGCCUUUUCUG